AUGCACUCGAUUCUGCUCACAGUAACAUUUGCCUUAGCCCUUUUUCUAAUCGAUCCGGGUGAUGGAUUAAUUCGUGUGAUUCUGGACUUUGAUCGAUGGGAAGUGAACAACGGGUCAGCAUUCUUCAACAUGGAAAAAUUUCGCGUUCGAAAGUAUAACCGUACGCUUUCGGUAAUGAAUGGUACUGGUGUGCUGCUGGUUGAUUUGGACAAUCGUUACACGUACGGAAUACACUUUGCCCGCAGUGCCCAGGGUAACAAUCAGUUCAAUGCAUACCCAAUGAAACUGGCCGCGAAACCGUUCUGUGAUUUUAUCAACGGGUACUAUCGGGAGUAUCAGCAUCUGUUUCUUCAGUAUACCAAUCUACCGUUUGUGUCGCCCGAAGGACUGUGCCCAUUCCCGAAAGGAACAUACUGGGCGAAGGAUGCACACUUCGACUCGUCCGUUAUUCCGGUGGUCGUUCCGGAAGGGUUGUGGCGCUGUACUACCGAUCUGGUCGAUACGGUUACCGGGGAACUUGUCGCCCGUGGUUCAAUGUACGUCCGGCUAAGUAAAGAGCUCAUCUAA